AUGGGCUACACGCCGUAUGGAUCGCAGCAGCCUCUAUGGAUGGCUGGAGGGCUCUCGGGCAUCGAUAACUUGAACCGCCGCCUGUAUGACUACGAACAGGCUGCAGUCAUGGAGGAGCAAGAAGGGUCCUUCGUGAAAAAGAUCUCGGCAGGAGCGGAGGCAGCCGAGCGCAAGCUCCUGGGGAUCAAGAGCAAGCAUGACGAGAAAGGGAAGAAGAACCAGCGUGACGGCAAGCGUGCACCUUUCCGCUUCUUGAGGAUGGCGAAGAGGCUUGCCAUGUCUGAGGAGUCGGAGUCUGACGAGGAUUCGGACAGUGACCACGCCGGAGAUGAGGUCACCAAGUGGGUGAAGUCCCUGCAGGCAAGGAUGGGGAACCCGUCCGGAGCCCGCAAGUACGCGGAAUUGGAGUUCGUCGAGAGACUCAAAGAGGUCGUCGCAGCCAAACACGACAUCACGAAGAAGAGCCUCGACGACGUCUUGGGCGAUUUC